AUGAGCAAAAUACCCUUGGAAAAUCCAAUACCUCCUGUCGAGGAGUAUGAAAUUAUCUGCGAACCACAUGUUGUUGGUACGAGGAAGAUGGAGUACAAGGGCCAUCAGUGGCACGAACACUGCUUCUGCCCUGCGUCCAUGCAAGCAGCGAUAGGCACUCGCAGCUUCAUACCGAAGGAUAACGAGAUCUACUGCGCCACCUGCUACGAAGAGAAGUUCGCCACGCGCUGCGUCAAGUGCACGAAGAUCAUCACGAGCGGCGGCGUGACGUACAAGAGCGAGCCGUGGCACCGCGAGUGCUUCAUGUGCACGAACUGCAACGCGCUGCUCGCCGGCCAGCGCUUCACGUCUCGCGACGACCGGCCGUACUGCGCGACCUGCUUCACCGACCUGUUUGCGAAACGCUGCGACGCCUGCUCGAAGCCGAUCAUAGGCAUGGGCGGCACCAAGUUCAUCUCGUUCGAGGAGCGUCACUGGCACAACGAGUGCUUCCUGUGCGUCACCUGCAAGACUUCACUUGUCGGCAAGGGCUUCAUCACCGACGGGCUGGACGUGCUGUGUCCAGACUGCGCCAAGACUAAGCUGCAGUCCCAGAUACACGCCUAGGAGGAGGAGGAGGCAGAAGAAGAGGAGGAGGAGGAGGAGGAGGAGGAUGAGGAGGUGGUAGUUUAGACGUGCUGUGUCCAGACUGCGCCAAGACUAAGCUGCAGUCCCAGAUACACGCCUAGGAGGAGG